GAAAAAGGAGAAAACCAACGAGGACGGGCCAAUUGAGUUGCUGUUUAGUCGCUUUAUCACUUUCAGAAGUCUUCAAUAACAUUCAAAAUCGCAACUGACUCGUUGAUUAUAUCGGAUAUUCAACUUAAUUAUGGCUCACAAUUAUGUGGUUACUGCCCAUAAACAAACAGCAGUUACAUCAUGUGUUACUGGGAAUUUCACAUCACCUAAUGAUCUUAACCUGAUUGUGGCCAAAAAUUACCGCCUUGAGAUAUAUCUGGUGACACCAGAAGGUCUCAGGCCUCUGAAGGAAGUGGGCAUUUACGGGAAAAUAGCUGUGAUGAAACUAUACAAAUCUGGGAAUGACAAAAAGGACUCCCUGUUCAUUUUAACUGCUCGGUACAAUGCCAUGAUUUUGGAAUGUUCUGGGGAAGGAGAGAACAUGGAAAUUAUCACAAGAACACAAGGGAAUGUAGCUGAUAAAAUUGGGAAACCUUCCGAAACAGGCAUAAUUGCUAUUAUAGAUCCUGAUUGCAGAGUCAUUGGCCUUCGUUUGUAUGAUGGUUUGCUGAAGAUUAUUCCAUUAGAAAAGGACAGCAGUGAAAUUAAAGCCUACAACAUCAGGAUUGAGGAGCUCUGCAUACAGGAUAUAGCUUUCUUAUAUGGAUGUGCAAAUCCCACUGUGGUCAUUAUCCAUCAAGAUGCUCAUGGUAGACAUGUUAAGACGCGUGAAAUUUCCUUACGAGAUAAAGAGUUUGCCAAGACUUCCUGGAAGCAAGACAACGUUGAAACCGAGGCAGCGAUGCUGUUACCAGUUCCAGAGCCCUAUGGGGGAGCCUUGAUUAUUGGUCAGGAAUCCAUAACCUACCACAACGGACAAAAUUACGUCACCAUUGCCCCACCAAUCAUUAAACAAAGUACAGUCACCUGCUAUGGCAAGGUUGAUCCUAAUGGAUCACGAUACUUACUAGGAGAUUUAGCCGGUCACCUGUUUAUGCUAGUGUUGGAAAAAGAAGAAAAAAUGGAUGGAACAGUUACUGUGCGUGACAUUAAAAUCGAACUUUUAGGAGAAGUCUCGAUUCCAGAGUGUUUGACUUACUUGGACAAUGGUGUAGUUUUUAUCGGCUCCCGGUUCGGAGAUUCCCAGUUAGUCAAGUUGAACGUCACUCCUGAUGAUAACAAUUCCUAUGUUACGGUCAUGGAAACGUUCACCAACUUGGCGCCUAUCGUCGAUAUGACCAUUGUCGAUCUUGAUCGACAGGGACAAGGACAACUUGUAACGUGUUCAGGAGCUUACAAGGAAGGCUCAUUGCGUAUUAUUCGUAACGGAAUCGGUAUACACGAGCAAGCCAGUAUCGAUCUACCUGGUAUCAAGGGAAUAUGGGCCCUGAAAAUGGGUUCAUCCGGUAACCCUUCAGUAGAUGAUACAGUCGUCCUAUCUUUUGUUGGACAAACAAGAGUGCUGAUGUUGAAUGGAGAAGAGAUGGAAGAAACAGAAAUUCCUGGUCUUACCGCUGAUCAGCAAACUUUUUUUUGCGGAAAUGUCGGAAAAGAUUCCGUUUUGCAAAUCACGACCGGUAGUGUCAGACUUAUAUCCGUGAAUACAAAACAAAAACUAAGUGAGUGGACACCUCCGGAUGGAAAAAUGCUUAAUGUUGUUGCAUGCAAUCAUGGCCAGGUGCUUUGUGCUGCUGGACGAGAACUUUACUACUUGGAAAUGGAAGAUGACACUCAAGUUGUUUUGAAGACUCAUGUAACUCUAGAUUACGAAGUGGCUUGCCUCGAUUUGACUCCCAUUUCGAUAAGCUCGCAACAAAACACAACCGUCUCAAAAGCUGAAGUCUGUGCAGUUGGUCUGUGGACAGAUAUUUCUGCGAGACUUCUCAAAUUACCAACCUUGGAAGAGUUUCACAAAGAGCCACUUGGAGGAGAAAUCAUCCCCCGAUCUAUUUUAAUGGCACUCUUUGAAGGUACACCCUACCUGCUUGUAGCAUUGGGUGACGGAUCCCUUUUCUAUUUCAGUAUGAAUCCGGUCACCAAAUUGCUUGGUGACCGUAAGAAGGUAACAUUGGGAACUCAGCCGACUGUUCUUCGACCAUUUCGAUCCCAGUCCACUGUCAACGUUUUUGCGUGCUCAGACCGACCGACUGUUAUCUAUUCUUCUAAUCAUAAACUGGUGUUCAGCAAUGUCAAUCUGAAAGAGGUCGCGCACAUGUGCCCGCUCAAUUCGGAAGCUUAUCCAGAUAGUUUAGUCUUGGCAACUGAUACGGCCGUUACGAUCGGAACUAUUGAUGAAAUUCAAAAACUUCACAUCCGUACCGUGCCUCUUGGAGAAUCACCGCGUCGAAUCGCGUACCAGGAAAACACACAAACUUUCGGAGUGAUUACAUCUCGCGUAGACAUAGUCGAAUCUUCUGGGUUGACCCCUGCACGUCAGUCGGCUUCUACCCAAGCACAGUCUGUAUCAUCGUCCAGUUCACUGGGAUCGGCGAUCAAAGCUCCAGUGAGUACAAGAGACUCGUGUGGGAGUGGUGGGGGAGCCGAAAUCGGCCAAGAGAUUGAAGUAUACAACCUGCUUAUUGUCGAUCAACACUCAUUUGCCGUUCUGCACGCGCAUCAAUUCAUGCAGAAUGAAUAUGCUCUGAGCAUCGUUUCUACUCGCUUGGGUGACGAUGUUAAUCCGUAUUAUGUAGUCGGAACGGCACUCGUAGUACCAGAAGAGUCGGAACCCAAACAAGGCAGGAUUGUACUAUUUCAGUGGGCCGAUGGUAAAUUGACAACUGUAGCUGAAAAAGAGGUGAAAGGUGCCUGCUAUUCCUUGGUGGACUUCAAUUCAAAAAUUUUAGCCGCUAUUAACAAUGUUGUUCGGCUGUAUGAGUGGACAGCUGAGAAAGAAUUGCGACUUGAGUGCAGCAACUUCAAUCACAUUAUUGCCUUAUACCUCAAACGCAAAGGUGACUUUAUUUUGGUCGGUGAUCUGAUGAGGUCUAUUACUCUGCUGCAGUAUAAAACUAUGGAAGGCAGCUUUGAGGAGAUGGCACGAGAUAGUAAUCCGAAUUGGAUGUCCGCUGUCGAGAUUCUGGACGAUGACACGUUCCUUGGAGCUGAAAAUUCUUUCAAUCUCUUUGUUUGUCAAAAAGAUAGUGCGGCAACAACAGAAGAAGAACGACAACAGUUGACCGAGGUUGGCCGCUUUCAUCUCGGUGACAUGGUAAACGUUUUCCGUCACGGAUCUUUGGUGAUGGAUCAUGCUGCAGAAACGCUCACUACCCCUACACAAGGCUGCGUCUUAUUUGGAACGGUCCAUGGAGCCAUAGGUGUUGUGACUCAACUACCGAGCGAAUUUUAUCACUUCUUGUCUGAGGUUCAGACACGUAUGGCACGAGUAAUCAAACCUGUUGGAAAGAUAGAACAUAGUUUUUGGAGAAGUUUUGCCACAGAACGAAAAGUUGAACCGUGCGAAGGAUUUAUUGAUGGGGAUUUAAUAGAGUCUUUCUUGGAUUUGUCCAGCGACAAAAUGAAGGAGGUUGCCACUGGCCUACAGAUGGAUGAUGGAAGCGGAAUGAAAAGAGAAGCGACAGUAGAAGAUAUAAUUAAACUGAUAGAAGAUCUUACACGAAUUCAUUGAAGUUAUUCCAGUUAUAACGAUUGCAGUGUAUUAAAUGUGUGGGAUAAUGAAAGAAUUUCAUCAGUUUUCUAAUUU